GUGGUGGUGCAGCUCACCGAUGACCUCCUGUCCCAGGCAGUGAUGAUGGUGGAGGACAGCCGGCCGACGCUGGCCAUCAACCUGGCUGGAGCCCGGCAGCACUGGCUGGAGGGGAUGCUGCGCCAUGAGAUAGGCACCCACUACAUUCGGGGGGUGAACAACACCCGCCAGCCCUGGCACAGCUCUGAGGGCCGCAAGCAGUACAGCCUGAAGCCCGCCAACCCCACGGAGGAAGGCUUGGCCAGCCUGCACAGCGUCCUCUUCCGCAAGCAGCCCUUCCUGUGGCGGGGAAAAAACCCCUUGGGGGGGGCCGCCCGCCUCUCCUUCUCCGCCCUCUUCCAGGACCUGGAGCAGUAUGUCCAGGAUGCUGGUGUCCGGUGGGAGUAUUGCGUGCGGGCAAAGCGGGGCCAGACGGACACCUCGCAGCCAGGUACCGCUUGGGGGGGUGAAAAGUCUUUGAGUUUGGGAAAGGACCAGGUCUACCUGGACGGGAUUCUACGCAUCCUGCGCCAUCGGCAGACCAUCGACUUCCCGCUGCUGGCUGCACUUGGAAAGGUCUCCUAUGAAGAUGUAAAUCGGCUGAAGAAAUUUGGGGUUCUGGAGAAGGCCCGCAUCCCCCAUUUCAUGCAGGACCUGGAGCGGUACAUGAAGCAGCUGGACCACAUCGUCACCACCAAUGGCCUGAAUGAGGAGGAGCUGGAGCAGCUGCUGCCUGACUGA